CACAGGACCUGCUGGGCCACAGAAAGGAGGCUCUGGAAAGACGCACUAGGUUACUGGAUAAAUCACUUCAAUUUCCCAAUGAAUUUUAUAUUGUUUAUUUUUAUACCUGGAGUUUUUUCCUUGAAAGGUGGCACUUUGAAGCCUACUAUUGAAGCAUUGCCUAAUGUGAUGCCUUUAAAUGAAGAUGUUAAUAAACAGGAAGAAAAGCAUGAAGAUCAUCCUCACAAUUAUGCUCCUGCUAAUGAGAAAAAUGGCAAUUAUUAUAAAGAUAUAAAGCAAUAUGUGUUAACAACACAAAAUCCAAAUGGCACUGAGUCUGAAAUAACUGUGAGAGCCACAACUGACCUGAAUUUUUCUCUAAAAAACUAUAAAAUUGUCAAUGCAACUACAUAUGAAAAAUCCGCCAGUGAAGAAGAAACAACUACUAACGAACCCCCUCAUAAAAAUAUUCCAAGAUCAACCCCAAACCUGCCUGCAUUUUGGACAAUGUUAGCUAAAGCUAUAAAUGGAACAACAGUGGUCAUGGAUGAUAAAGAUCAAUUAUUUCACCCAAUUCCAGAGUCUGAUGUGAAUGCUACACAGGGAGAAAAUCAGCCAGAUCUAGAGGAUCUGAAGAUCAAACUAAUGCUAGGAAUCUCGUUGAUGACCCUCCUCCUCUUUGUGGUCCUCCUGGCAUUCUGUAGUGCUACACUGUACAAACUGAGGCAUCUGACUUAUAAAAGUUGUGAGAGUCAAUACUCUGUCAACCCAGAGCUGGCCACGAUGUCUUACUUUCAUCCAUCAGAAGGUGUAUCAGAUACAUCCUUUUCCAAGAGUGGAGAGAGCAGCACAUUAUUGGGCACCACUUCUUCAGAUAUGAGAAGAUCAGGCACAAGAACAUCAGAAUCUAAGAUGAUGACGGAUAUUUCCACAGGCUCAGAUGAUGAGAUGCACUGAGUAAGAGGUGGAACCUGGUGAAGAAAUCAUACUGAUGAAUAAAUAACUUUAAUUCUUUUGUCAUCAAAA